UAUUUUUGGACUAAUAAUAGUCUAUAGUCAACCAUGAAACAGUGGGCAUUAAUUUUCUAAAUAUCCUGAUAGGAGCGACUGUACCGGCUAUGACCAAUGUUUGUGCAAUGGUUCUGAUUGAUUUUCCAUCUUCUCCCAGAUUCACAAUUGCAUGUUUUCAGGCAUAAACAGAAGGUUUUCAUUUUGUUUGCACCUCUAAAUGCAGUCGGCCCAGGAAAACCUAUCCUACCCAAUCUGAAACUGAGCGUAGACAUUCAGCGCUAUUUAUUGAUUGAAUAAGCAAUUCAGUCGAACACACCAGGGCAAUAACACAUGUUCCAAUAACUUGGCUCACAUGAAAAAUGGGUGGGUUCAAAGAAAAGGUGCUAUCUUCUAUGUUGUGCGUCAGAUCCAGAGGGAAAUAUCUGGAAAUAAAAAGCUGAAAUGUUGCUCUCAUGUGGUUGUGGUUCUCAUAGUCAUUGUUUUAUGUCAAACCCAAAUGAAGGAUUUGGCCUCACUGUUCCAAUACUUCUGAAGGGCAAUAUAAGGUACUGCUACUGUAUAUGAAGUCUAUGGAGGUUGCUCAGGUAGUGCAACUCAUCAGGAUGGUUUUGAUUGUUUGUCAAGAGCAUGGAGGAGAUACAAGGACACAGGAUGGUUUACCUGGACAGAAAGCACCGGAAUUGCCUCAUGCAUUUGAUUCCACCAUUGGCGCCCUGAAGGCAGUCUCAUCACAAACCCGCUGUCUUCCCGUCAGGAGACGCAUUUUUACCAUUGUAAAGUGUCAACUCACAUCUGUUAUGUCAAAUGAACAAGUUGGAUACGUGUCCGUUGGUUCAUUCAUUCAUGCAUGUCACUCCUACUUGCAAUGCUGCUAUGGCAGAAGGCUCCCAAGGCAAAACAUGACAAUGCUUCUAAUGUGCAGGUGGCCAAUGUUGUGUACCCGAGGGCAACAGCGUAUAUCCAUAUACUGCAUGUGUGUGAGUGUGUGUUGGUAUGCUUGGGUUUGUGUGAAUGUUGUUUUGCAUGGCUGGCUCUUGUUGGAAAUAAAGUUGAAGUUAAUUUAAAUGGGAUUUGCCUUCAUUGUUUGCAAUUAAAUUUUAUGAAUAUAUUACAUGGAUCAGAAAAACACCUGGUGUCUACAAUGACAAGGGAUCCACAGUAAAAAUUCACUUUAGAUUUUACAUGCAUAACUGCUAUGCAACACGUGUAUAUGGAUUUCAUUAUCAGCAAAUGCUGUUACCUUGCUUUAAAAAAAAAAAGUUAGUCUAAAUAUUAAGUCUCUCUGAACUGCGCCUUUUGUGUAAAUGUUGUCACUGUAUAGGAAAUGUCUUUAAAAAUAUACAUAAAUUCUGUGUUGUUUUUUAAAUGUAUUCUGUCACAGACUAGUAUCCACGCAGAGGUUGCAGCCACAUAUUUGACAGUCGGCAUCCCACCUUUCCAAGGGCAGCGAUGGGAUACGCUCGUUUUAAGGUGUUGUAUUUGGAUGCCACUUAUACCAGGGAGGAAAGCAGCAGUCACAAAUCCCGCCCAUCUAACUGGUUCUUUUAAUACAACAUGAGCGCUCCUUGUUGGUCAUGUGACCUGGAAAAAUGGGAGAAAGAAGGAAGAGAGAUAAAUUCUUGUUCUACAUGGAUUUACCCAAGACGAAGCAUCCUUUGUAACGGUGUGGAGGUAUGAGAUUGGAAGGCUUGUUAACAAACCACGAUGGAAGCAGGGGACAGCUUGACGCAUGAAUAAAGCACCCACCGAGGAAGAAGAGGAGGAGUGACGAUGAAGCUGAACGAGCGCAGCGUGGCUCACUACGCCACCUGCAACUCGCCGCCCGACAAGACGGGCUUCCUGUUCAAAAAGGGCGAGCGCAACACAGCCUACCACCGCCGCUGGUUCGUCCUGAAGGGAAACAUGCUCUUCUACUUUGAGGAGCGCGACAGCCGCGAGCCCAUCGGCGUCAUCGUCCUGGAGGGGUGCACCGUGGAGCUCUGCGAGUCGGCCGAGGAGUUCGCCUUCGCCAUCAAGUUUGACUGCGCCAAGGCUCGCGUGUACAAGAUGGCGGCCGACAAUCAGGCUGCCAUGGAGUCGUGGGUGAAGGCGUUGUCACGAGCCAGCUUUGACUACAUGAGGCUGGUGGUGAAGGAGCUAGAGAGGCAGCUGGAGGAGAUCCAGGAGGCUGCCAAUGGAAGCAGGGCAAAGACAUCCAGGCGAGGGUCCAAAUCACGAUCUGGAGCAUCGUCAUCAUCCUCUUUAUCAUCAUCAUCAUCAAGCACCUCUUCCACAUCGGCCUCUGGACAAAAGAACCAUCAGGAUGAUUCCCAGCUCAUAUCCGGAUCUUCCAAGGAGAACGGUGUCGCGUGGAACAAACCACACUCAGGCUUAGCCAACGGUUCCUCUGACGGAGUGUCCUCCUGUGUGGCCUGGGAGGGUGGGGCUUACUCUGGGAAUAGCUGCAUGGUGAUGGGUCACAGGGCCAACGGGGUGAAGGCGCCACCGGUGCCACCCAGAAGAAGAGGAGCCUCUCUGGAGAGCCCCGUCUGUCCCGGCACGGGAUGCUUUACCAAGCUUCAUAACUGGUACGGCCUGGAGGUGGAGGAACUGAGGGCCCAGUGGCUGCAGAGCCAAUAAACUUAUGGAAUAUAAGAAUAUAUCAUUCCAGUGGCUGGAGCCUAUCCCAGCUGAGCUAAUGCAAAAGGGAGAUGACAUUCUGGACUGAUUACCAGUCAAUCACAGUCAGCUGUGUGAACCACGACACUAUCAAUGGCAAAUACAUCAUUCCUUCCCAACAAAUGCUUUGCUUUACCUCUGAGAGAGGACUAAAUGGUGAUUGACACAACAUUCAGUCUGGCACAGGAGGACCAAUCAAUCUGUCUUAUUUACUAGUCAGUUUGGGAUAAUGCAACAACAAAAAAAGUCACAAAAAUAUCCAUAAUUCAUUGCUUUAUGACACAAAGUAGUAUUGAAAAUGUAGCUAACUUUCACUGCAUGUCUUAAUGUCUAAUUCUAAUUUAGUGCCUAUACUCUGUUUACAUUUACUUUCAAGUGACCCAUAUCUUCUGAACUUACAUUUACCGAACAACAAAAGCAACAACGACACAUCGCUACAGAAACACUAUACAUACCGUUUAGUUUGGCUUGGCACGCAACUUCAGCAUUACUGUACAUUGUUUACUUAUUUAAUAAUCUGUGCACCCUCUUCUGCUUUUUUUGCAGUAUUUGAGUUGUUCAGGUAGACCCUAGGUUCCCAAAGUGGGGUACAUGUACCCACAGGGGUGCGGCAAUUGUAGUUGGGGGUACGUGAAUAACAAUUAACAACAAUUAGCGCCUAACACUCACAAUUACAAGUGAGCCUGAGGAGAACAGAGCAGGAAGCAGACAGAGCAUGAAGUUGUUCAUUGCUCCUUGUGCUUUGUAUAAACAAAUAAGUAAGUUUGAUGAUUAUUUCAUGUGGGCAUUCCCCUUAAAAUUAGGCUUUAUCGUUGAUUGAAUGUAUUUUUUUUACUUCGAAUACAGCUUUAUCGUGAUUGUUAAACAUUCCCCUUCAAUUUGGUGUUAAAUUAAUAUGCAUACUUCAACCAGAGUGGGCAAAACAAGUGAUACACAAAUUCAAGCCAUUCAAACGGAACGGAUGCCAACAUAAAUGUAAAAGAUAUGUAGGAUGGUUACUUAUCUAUUCAUCACUGCUCAUGUGGAACUUUAUCAAAAUGUGACCAUGUAAAAUGCAUAUUUUUGACCCGGAAUUAUAAGAUUCAUUCAUCACUUAAUUAUUUUCAAUAGUUCAAGUUAAUUAAGAUAAAAAUGUGUAUGUUUUUUUUUUUUUGAAGUGUGCAGGAGUAGGGGGUACUUGGCGUCAGGUCAAAUGUCUGAAGGGGUACGCAAGUGUAAAAAGUUUGAGAACCACUGAGGUAGACUAAUUCAACAAACUAAAUUAUAGCUUAAGGGACUUUUGGAAUUCUGUACAGUAUUAUAAAGGAUCCUAACAUCAUCUACGCUGUAAAAAAUGGUAAUCUAUGCAAGAAAAUAUAUAUUUGGGAAAAUUUAUCUUGCCAGGCACUGAACAUCUUUGAGCAAUUUGCUUAUUUUCAUAUAUCUAUGCAUAUUGCUGAAGAUAUUGCAGACAUUUUCUAUGAUAAAAGUGCCUGGUAAGAAAGAAAAUGUCUUUUUAGUAUUUUUUUAAAGCACUUUUGACCUUUUGAUUUCUACUAAUUGCAGUGUGGCACAUUUUUUCCCUAUCUGGGACAGUUCUAAUAAAGUCCUCAGAGAGCCAUCGUAACUGAUAGAGCAAAUGUAUAUUAUUACAUAUUAUGAGCAUUUUGUGGGGCUGAGUUUCAAUUCACACACUUCCAUAGUUCCACUUCAAUAUGCAGACUAAGGACAUGCAUACUUAAUUCUUGAGGGCACAAGUUUUGACAGCGUAGUGGCGUCCCAAAUCGAUUACUGUCGUUGCAUACUUACUGAAAGUGACAAUUGUAACAUUUAGAUCUGCUUUCUCUUCUCUCGUUUUUUUAAUUGUGAAUUGCAACCACUCGAGUUAGUCCCUCCCCUUCCGUACGUAGCCAAGAUGGUGAUGAUCGAGGGUGGUUGGGAUCCAUCGCUGCACACUCACCAUUUGUGGUGUGACGAGUGCAAUAGCCAGGUACUAACGCGUACUGCAUUUUGCCAUAUUUCUCAGUGGAAUGCGCUUAUGCGUAUGCUUACAGUAAGUGCAGUACAGGCCAAAAGUUUGGACACGCCUCACUCGAUGCGUUUUGUUUAUUUUCAUGACUAUUUACAUUGUAGAUUCUCAAAACGAUGAAUGAACACGUGGAAUUAUGUACUUAACAAAAAAGUGUGAAAUAACUAUAUAUGUCAUGUAUUUUAGACGUGUAUAUUUUAUGUCUUAUAAUUGUUUUUGAUAGCGCUGCAAACCCUUGGUGUUCUAUCCAUGGGUACGUUUACAUGCAGUCAAAUAACCGGAAUAUUAGCAAGAACCCGGUUGCGCACGGCCAUGUAAACACCAAUAACCCUUUUGGAAAAAAUGGAAUGUACAGUUCAUUUCUACAAUACAGUUCAUCACUACAAUAACUACACAACUACAAUAAUAACAAUGUCACUGUAGCUCCAUUUACAGCGUUUUUGGAGAUUUUUCUUAGCUGUCUCUCUUUAUCUGUUUUUAUAGCUUUAGAACGCACAGAAAAAAGAACAACGUGUGUUUAUGUCUCACAAGGAUUGUGGAUGAUUCCAAAAACAGUGUUCCUUUAACUCAAACGUAUGAUUAUUUUUGGGGAUGGGCAAAAUUCCAAAAACAGUUUUCCUUUAACUCAAACCUAUGAUUAUAUUUGGGAUCAACUGUUGCCUGAUGACAUAUUUCCAUUCUGUUCUUCAUUCAAAUGUGAGGACAUUUGUGUGUGUGCGUGUAUUUCCCGCUUACUCUGCCAUGACACCUAUUUGAAGUGGGUCACAUGGAAGAAUGUGGAGAAUUUGGUCACUUGAAACGUAGUAGUGUAAGUCUAACCAUUACAAAUAUAACAAGUGCUUCCACGUAGGAGUGUAGUGCGUACAUAUGCUUUUGCAGUCAUAGUUAAGUCCGUUUUUUUUUUUCAAUUUAAGUCAAGAAACAGAUGUGGACUAUUGGUGAAAUCAUAUCACAUGAGAUGAAGACAGCAGGUUGCUAUCAAGAUGUUUAUAGCUUUUUUUUUUUGCAAGUGGCUUGACAUUGGAUAUCGCUGAGGUUUACAGCAUUUAAGUGGUGCCCUUCAUCAUUUGGCUGCACAAUCAAAUCAUCGUGUUCCUUCACAGUUCACAAAGCCUGUGUAUCAGUGAACAUCUAACCUCAUGUUUCCUCUUCCAUGUUGGAAGCACACCAGCGCCUCCAUGGUGACUCAGUCAGUGCACGUUCACAAAGCAUUUACUUUGUGACUUUGCCGUUGCCUUAAGUUUAUUUUUAUAACCAUUUUCCAGUCAAGUGUUAUCACAGGACCAGAUUUCUUUCUAUUUUGGAACUUCCGGGUUUUUUUUUUCUCUUUUUUUUUCUGUGAGACAUUUCAGCAGUGGCUGGGUGGCUUCAUCCGCACCAAUGCACAUUAACAUUAUUGUUGCACACUUGACUUUUGUAGAAGCGAUGGUACAAGAGGGGAUGCGUGUUUAUUUAAAUCAUUUUAACACGGAACUAUGCUUUUGGCAUAAUAUUACGAUCACAUCCAUGUUUAUUGCCUUCAACUGACAGUUUUAUGUCACCAUAGUAUGUCGAUUGAAGCCCUUUAGUAAAUAAUCACAGCUAACAAAUAAUUAGCUUGUUCAAAGACUCAAGUGACAUUUUUCAGUGAUGUUAUUUUAUCAGUUUUUUUCCAUUGUAACAUUGUUAUCUUUGCACAUGUGUUCUUAAAAGUAAUGAUUAAUACCAAACAUAAUGUACUGUGAUGAUUGUGGUACUGUUAACUAUCUGUCAAUAGAAUCUGUUGAUUCACUUAAACUUUUUAAAAUCAUGAUGACUUAAAUCACACAUUGUACUAUAAUGAAGUGCCAAUUUAAUGAAAGUCUCAGACUUUAAUAGAUUUUUUUCCUGUUUGUUCAUAUUUUUUUUAAAUGUCUUUACAAAUGUCUGUGUUUAUUUUAUUUUUUUUAAAUUGUCUUUACAAAUGAGUAAGGUUCUGAAAAUCCGUAAUCAAACAUACUCUGAAGAUGAUGACGGUACCCUCCAAUGUGUUUAAUCACUUGUUGAAACUACCGAAUAAACUAUCAACA